AUGUGGGCGCCUAUCGCCUAUUAUAAGUGUCCGUCCUCGACGCAAUGGCUUAUCGAUCAAGUGGGAUUGAACGGGUUCAUAUCCCGCGUUACGCUCCUGACGUAUCCUGAUCUCGUUCGAGAUAAGUGCCAUGAAUCUUCUGGGAAGGUCAAGUGGGUGGGUGUUACUUGUAAUACCACUUACGAGCUUACUGACGGCGGCCCGUUCGUCCACCGUCGCGUCAUCUUCAAGUCCACCAUCCCCUGGCCAGCAUCGCCGAUCUAUCGAACCGCCGCGAACCCUUCCUCUGGUCUUGGGGUCGGUGACUACGCUCGUUCCUGUGCCGCCCCUCUGGCCCCGGACGCUCUUGUAGGAUGUUUACGUCGAUUGUUUGCUCAAGACACGGUCAGAGGCCUCAUCCAAGGCCCCACCUCCAACUUCGCAAUCACAGUACUAUCCGACGAAAAGUACCAAUGUACCGGUGUAGAUAACGGGAAGCGGUUGACGAAGAAGUUUUGGAACGGAUUCGAGAAGGAGCCUGCGAUGCAAUACGCGAUUGGUACGAACGGCUCGUUGACUGCGCAGUUGGCAAAUUCCCCAACCUCGCAGCACAUUUAUUUGGUCGACAUAUUCUCUUACGGAUUGGAAGGCCUAGAUGCGUCGUUACCUUUGCUGAAGUCUGAUGGUUCCGGUGGCGAGGAGCCGCCUAUGAAGCGCACGAAAAGUGAGAGCAGCACCGAAAUUGACAUGGACGAGGGAUGGGAUAAGGUCAGUAAGUCGCUGCCGUCGACAUCUGGUCACAUUCUCCUUGGCUCUCGCGAUGAGCGUCAAGUGUCAAUUACAAACGAGAUGAAGCUUUAUUUUCGCAAUGUAUAG